AUGUGCAGCAAAAAAUACUGCGACACUGGCAUUUUUGUGCGAGCUUUGUCUGAAAUAUAUCUGUCCCAGCAGCAGCAGCAGCUCUCUCCUGCUUCCUGCGCAGUCGUGCCUUCUGCUGCAGCAGCAACAGCAGCAGCAACAGCAGCAGCAACAGCAGCGCUCCCCACUGUAGGCAAACGACGGCAGCAGUAG